AUGACGUCAUAUUAUCGUUUGUGACGUUUUAUGUGGACGGAUAUUUGCUUUGCACAGAUUUCAGCUUGAUCAAGAUGAUGUCUUACAAUAUUGCAUACAUCGUAGCUUGUGUGAUCAUUUUUGCUGUUUACGCAGCGCCGUUAGAAAAAGGAAACAUUGAGAAGUCUUCCGAUGAUUCAUUACGAGAUAAGAGAAGUUCAGAGUUAUUUCCUUUGGACCAUGAGAACAAAAUAGCAGAAGAGGACAAUAAAAUAGAUGAUGCACUGGAGGAUAAUGUACAACGCAGAAACUCCGACGAAAACAACAAGGAUUUAGAUUUGGACUCGGCAAAAACAAAUGAUGCUGCUGGUGAGAAUAGUAUGGAGAAAAGGGAUAUCGAUGAUGAAGAUGGUGAUGAUUUAGAAAAGAGAGAAGAUGAGGAUGCUGCUGACAAUGCUUUAGAGAAAAGAGAAGAUACUGAUGAUGAUGACAAUGAUGAUGAUUUAGAGAAAAGGGAUGAUGAAGAUGAUGAUGGAGAUGAUGAUUUAGAGAAAAGGGAUGCUGAUGAUGACGACGAUGAUGAUUUAGAAAAGAGGGAUGCUGAUGAUGACGAUGAUGAUUUAGAAAGAAGGGAUGCUGAUGAUGAAGACGAUGAUGAUUUAGAAAAGAGGGAUGCUGAUGAUGACGAUGAUGAUGAUUUAGAAAAGAGGGAUGCUGAUGAUGACGAUGAUGAUGAUUUAGAAAAGAGGGAUGCUGAUGAUGACGAUGAUGAUGAUUUAGAAAACAGGAAUAUGGAUAGUGAAGAAGAUUUAGAAAAAAGAGAUGAUGACGAUAAUGAUGAUGAUGAUGAUGAAUUAGAAAAAAGAGGUGAUGAUGAUGAGGAUGAAGAUGAUGAAUUAGAGAAAAGGGGUGAUGAUGAUGAAGAGGAUGAUGAUGAUUUAGAGAAAAGGGGUGAUGAUGAUGAUGAUGAUGACAAUGAUGAUUUAGAAAAAAGAGAAGAUGAUGAUGACAACAAUGAAGAUAAAAGAGAAACUGCUGGAAUAGAUGUUGAUGAUGAAGAUGAGGAGGAAGAUAUUGAUGUAAGUGGACAAUCAAAAAGAAGUGCUUCUGAGACUGAAUCUGAUGUUGAUAUAGAAAAACGUGAUGUUUCCAAUGUCCAAAGAGUAAAACGUGAUAUUAACGAUGAAAUAGAAGAUGAAGAUGUAAACGACGAAGACAUUCAGGACGAAACAUUACGGGAGGUCAAUGAAGAUGAUGAUGAAGAUAUUGACUUUGAAGGUAUGGACAAUAAUAACAUCGAAAUAAGAAACGCUGAUGAUGAUGAGGAUAGUGACGAGAACAGUAGGGAUGGUGAGGACAAUGAGGAAACAGAGGAUAUUGCCAGCAAUGAGGAGGGGAAAUUAACAAGAGGGGCAUCAAAUGAAGCAACAAAUAUCGAGUCAGGUGAAGAUAAAGGAACAAGGGCGGCAGAAGAUAAGGAUGGCACUAAAUCAGGGAGCUUUGACAAACUGAUGGAGGAACUGCAAGACUUGACUUCCAACACAAACAGUGAAAGCAAACGGGAAGAUUCAGCAAGUGUGGACAGUAACGCAGAAAAGAGGGGUGAUAAUAACCAAGGGGGUCCUAAUACUACUUUAUCAGCAGAGCAGAUCCAACAGGAGAUAAACAAAUUAUUGAAACAGACCAAAUAACUGAAAAUG